UUUCAGGUUCCAGAACUGAUUGCUGAGCCGUCAGAACAUAAACUCACUCCGAGUCACAGGUGUGGUCUGAGCAGCAUUGGUAGAGAACGAUAAUUACAAAUUUAAAUGAGAAUGAUGAUUAUGGAUGGCGACCGCACCAUGACCCCCCAUACUGGCACAGACAACGGACCUCAACACAUGGGCUAACGUAUAUCGCCGAACACUUGUAGGACCUGAACGUUUUUGGAUACCUUUGUUCUUUCAACUCUUCCACUUCCUCUCUGAAACAAUAAAAAUGGCGACAGCAUUAGCAGAGUAUUAUAACUACAUAUUCUUCGAACAAAUGGAUCCUCGAGUCAGGGGGUGGUUCCUGAUGGACUCACCAAUCCCCAUAAUUCUCUUAGUAACCUCCUACGUGGCGUUUGUCAAGAGGGUGGGCCCCUGGUGGAUGAGAGGCAGGUCAGCGUACAAUGUUGAGAAGGUCAUGCUACUCUACAACAUGGUUCAGAUGACUAUCAAUGCUUACUUCGUCAUUGUGGCACUAUAUUACGUAUGGAUACCUGGACACUACAGUUGGGUUUGCCAGAGACCUAUAUACGGACCAAAUCCCACCGAAGACAAGGUUGUUCACUAUUUCUAUGUCUUCAUGUGUUCCCGACUGCUGGAUCUUCUAGAUACAGUUUUUAUGGUGCUGAAAAAGAAUAAACACCAAGUAUCGUUCCUGCACCUUUAUCACCAUGUUAUGAUGGCUGUGGCUACCUGGCUGUGCUUUAAAUACAUGCCAGGUCAGCAUUUCCUGUGUCAACUUGUUGAUCGAUUGUCUGCACGUAUGUUUGAAUAG